UAAUGACCUUUUUUGAUGUAAUUUCAGAUGCAAAUCUUUGUGAAGACCCUCACUGGCAAGACCAUUACUCUUGAGGUUGAGAGUUCGGACACUAUCGAUAAUGUCAAGGCUAAGAUUCAGGAUAAGGAAGGUAUCCCUCCUGACCAGCAGAGGUUGAUCUUUGCUGGAAAGCAGCUAGAGGAUGGUCGAACUCUUGCCGACUACAACAUCCAGAAGGAGUCCACCCUCCAUCUUGUCCUUCGUCUACGUGGUGGCAUGCAGAUCUUCGUUAAGACCUUAACCGGAAAGACCAUCACCCUUGAGGUCGAAAGCUCUGAUACCAUUGAUAAUGUUAAGGCAAAGAUCCAGGACAAGGAAGGCAUCCCUCCAGAUCAGCAGAGGUUGAUCUUUGCUGGAAAGCAGCUUGAGGAUGGACGAACACUGGCCGACUACAACAUCCAAAAGGAGUCCACCCUCCACCUCGUUUUGCGGCUGAGGGGUGGUAUGCAGAUCUUUGUCAAGACAUUGACAGGCAAGACCAUCACCUUGGAGGUCGAAAGUUCUGAUACAAUUGAUAACGUGAAGGCGAAGAUCCAAGAUAAGGAGGGGAUUCCACCAGAUCAGCAGCGAUUGAUCUUUGCUGGUAAGCAGCUCGAGGAUGGGAGGACCCUUGCUGAUUACAAUAUCCAGAAGGAGUCCACGCUACACUUGGUGCUGCGAUUGAGGGGAGGUAUGCAGAUAUUCGUCAAGACACUAACCGGGAAGACAAUCACUUUGGAGGUGGAGAGCUCGGAUACCAUUGAUAACGUGAAAGCAAAGAUUCAGGAUAAAGAAGGUAUUCCACCAGACCAGCAGAGGUUAAUCUUUGCUGGCAAGCAGCUGGAGGAUGGUCGUACGCUUGCUGAUUAUAACAUCCAGAAAGAAUCUACCCUUCACCUUGUGCUUCGCCUCCGUGGUGGCUGUUAAUAAGUUCAUUCCAUGCUCGCUUUUACGUUGGCAUCUUUACGUUGAACAAUCUAUUAGAUUAUUUGUUUGUUAUAAUGCUGGUAGACCCUUAUAAGACCUGUGUGUGAUAUGUGCCUUAUAAUGGCAUUGGUUAUGUUUCCUUUUUGAGUUCA